AUGCAGUCGACUUGCCAGCAACAGCAGGCCCAGCCAGGCCAAAACGGAACGUCCGCGAGCAGAACCUCGUUUCUAAUCGAAGACAUCCUGAGCCGUGGAACAGCUCCGCCGCAUUCUCAUCAUCAGCUUCAUCAUCAGCAUCUGACAUCCAGCCACGGGGUGCAACAUCAACAGUAUCAACAGUUCGCGAAUUUAUUGCCCGGUUACCCGUCCGCACCGCCCACGGCAACAUUCUUCCUAGGUCCACUUUUCGGUAACACCGCGAUGGGGGUUGGAGUGGUGCCGGGAGUUACUGAACUCGCGGCCUUGAAGCACUGCCGUCGACGGAAGGCACGAACAGUGUUCAGCGAUCAACAAUUAGCGGGUUUGGAAGCCAGAUUCGAGGUGCAGAGGUACCUGAGCACGCCGGAGAGGGUCGAGCUUGCGGCGGCGCUUCACCUCUCGGAGACCCAAGUGAAAACGUGGUUCCAAAACCGGCGGAUGAAGCACAAGAAACAAUUGAGGAAAUUGAACACCAGCGCGGGAAGCAACGGCAAUCAGAAUUCUAAUCAGCAAUGCACCGGUCAAUCCGUAUCUGUCACCUCGCCUGCCGGUAAGCCAGUUAUACUCUUUCUCUUUAACUAA